AUGCUCCGAUGGUCCACUACUUUACGAAUAUUCCCGAGAACACAGAAACGAAGUUUCACAAACGGAAGGAAAAAGGAAAUUAUCGUACUCCAUCCCAUAUUAAAGAAAACGAAAGAUGGUAGGAAGUCCUUUGACGAAAUAAUCUAUGACGCGCAGGAAGCCUUAGGGUUAGCUCGGUCGGCUGGAUUCAAAGUCGCAAAUGGAAUUUCGAUGCCGUUGGGGGGGUGGACAUUUUUUGAACACCCAAAUGGGUCUAAAGAGGAAGGUGACGGGGAUGAUUUAGGUAAUAGCUACCGUGAGGAAGACACAUUCAGGGGAUCACGUGAGUCAAACGAGGGGGCAGACACACGGGUAGGUGCCGCCUCCGAGGAGGUGUCUCCUCAGGGCGACGACCUGGAAAAAAAAAUUGCAGAGUCAAUUAUAAUAAAAACGAACAGAAUAGAUAAUAAAUUUUACUUCGGGAAAGGCAAACUGAAUGAGCUGUCCACCUAUUUUCUAAAACACCCAACGCCAUACGUGUUUAUUAACACGCUGCUUUCUCCAGAACAGUUUAGAAAUUUGGACAUGCUGUUUAACAGCCUGCUGCGGAGCCACCAUGAUGAGUUGAAGUUGCGUAGGCAGAAGGAGAGGGGAGAAGACUGCCUCUCAGUGAGGGCAUCAGAAUUUAACGCAGAGGAUGAUGGUGGCGCGGAAGACGCGAGAGGGGAGGAGCUCGCGUACGUCGACAUGUAUAACGAAUGGAUGGAAAGACAGGCGCAGCAGGAGGACCAGGAAGAUGGACACCUUAGCUUGGAAGAAGAAGGAGAAGAAGAAGAGGGUGUUGUUUUCGGUGAUGAUGUAGACGACGGCGAUGUGCCGCUCUACGUUGAGCUCUUCGACCGGUAUAGCAUCAUUCUACAGAUCCUAAAGAGCAGGGCGAAAAACAAUCUGAGCAAAAUCCAGCUGGAACUAGCCAGGGCCAACUUCAUUUUCAACACCUACGCAGAGGAUAACAAGUCAAGAAUGAAGUAUAUAAAAUAUAUUGAAAAUAAUGUCCUGGGGAAAUCAAAUUUUGAUUACGAGGAAAAAUACAACCGACAAAACACCUUCGAUGUGGAUAGGCAGUUAGGGAAAAAAAAAAAUUACGACAGCCUGGGGUACACGAGCAGCUACAUAAAGAGCUCAGAGACGUACAAAGAGUAUGAAAAGAGAAUCAUUCAAAAUUUGUAUGCAAAGCUGAAGAAGGAAUUAGCAAAAUGCAAAAAUAAUAAUGAGCUACAGAGCAGUGCUAGGAAGCACAAAGCAUUAAUAGCCGUGGUAGGAUAUACAAAUGUUGGUAAAACAAAAUUAAUAAAUUAUUUAACCAAUUCUAAUUUGAAGGCAAGGAAUUUAUUAUUCCAAACUUUGGAUAAUGCUUUUAAAAGUGCAAAAAUUUGGGAUGGCCACUCCAGUAUAUUUGUCGAUUCCAUUGGCUUCAUUCAAAAUAUCCCAUUCUCCUUGUAUGAGUCCUUUAAGGUAACCUUGGAAGCAAUUAAGAAUGCAGAUGUGCUCAUUCACGUGAUCGAUGUGUGUCACCCGUACAGAGAGCAACAUAAAAAGUGCGUCAUUGAUACGUUACUCAAAAUAGGCACACCCAGCGAUUUUCUAAAAUGCAAUAUGAUUGAGGUGUGGAAUAAAGUGGACAAAUUGGGAGACGAGGAACUCCUCAAUUUGUAUAAAACUAAGCCAAAGAAUGUGUUGCCAAUUUCGGCAAGAGUUGGUACAAAUUGUGAUGUCCUCAUUAAAAUUAUUCAAACGAUGAUUAACAGAAUUAAGGAUGUGCAAGUAUUGACUCUCCAGUUUCCGGCGAUCGAAGCUCAAGAGAGGAUAGCAUACCUUAUGAAAAAUUUCAAAGUCGUCCCUAACUCCAUUUCCUACUCCAGCGAUGGGAACACGACCUUUAUCAAGUUGGUGGAGAAUCACCGCAACUUGAAGAAGUACUAUGAGCGUUUCGACAAGGGUGAAAAGGGAGACCCGCAGGGGGGGGGGAGCACCUAA